AUCCUUAUACCACCUCAACCAAACCCAGUUGGUAAGGAGGAGGUGUACCUAUCCAUAUCUAAGUAGAAAACAAACAAAAGCGACUAUACAUAUCUCUAUAUCUUAGCUGCAAAUAUCACAAGCCUGCACUGCACUGCAACAACUGCAAUGCACAGCCCCUAUGUGUAAAACCACAAUUAAAAGCUUAUCUUUUCUUGUUCUCUUUUUUCACUUACUUUUACUGCUCUGAUCUUCAUUGUGGUUAUUGCUAUUAUUGCUUUAUAGGGCCUCGAAAAGCGUUUUUUGUACUUUGGGUUAUAAGAACACUUCGUAGAUCUUGCGUCCUUUCUCUGUGUGUGUGUGUGUUUCCUUUUUCCCUCCUCUCUCUAUCACCCCUCUCACAACUACUCUUGCUUUUCCUCCUCCUCAGUUAUAAACUCGAAGGUUAUCCAUUUUACCUUUUCUAUCCUUUUUCUUUCUUGGUUUUCCUGGAAAAUUACAGCUUCUAACACUACCCGGUUUCUUCGUUUUAGGUGUUGUUUGUUUCUUGGGAAAAUUCUUGGUUUCUUGUUAUUUAACCUGUUAGCAAGCCAACCUUAGUUCAUUUUGCUUUCUUUCAAUAUUAUUUUUUCUUCAUUCUUUUCAUUUGAUUGGGAUUAGCAAUGAAGAAUUUCAAUACCCAAAUUCACAUCAGGGUUUUCUUGCUUGUCGUGUUCGUUGUCAUCGGUCCAUAUAUUUUGUGCAGUAGCCAAGAAGAAGAAGACAUUUUCACAGCUCCAAUGGAGGUAAAGGAACGAAAGGCCUUGUAUUAUGCUAUUCAAGGGUUUGUGGGAAAGUGGUGGAAUGGCUCAGAUCUCUAUCCAGACCCUUGUGGUUGGACUCCAAUACAGGGGGUCUCAUGUGAUCUCUUCAAUGGCUCAUGGUAUGUUACUGCAAUAAACAUUGGGCCGGUUUUUGACAACUCUCUUCAGUGCGCCCCAAACGCAGAAUUCAACCAUCACUUAUUUAAGCUCAACCAUCUAAAAUCCCUCUCCUUCUACAAUUGCUUCAUCCGAAAACCCGUUGAAAUUCCCACAUCAAAUUGGCAAAAACUAGCUAAUAGCUUGGAAACCCUAGAGUUCCGGUCAAACCCUAGCCUCAUCGGAGCAAUACCGAGCACUUUGGGCUACCUCAAGAGCCUUCAAUCUCUAGUGCUUCUUGAAAAUGGACUCACAGGCCAAUUACCAACUGAUAUAGGCAAUUUAGUAAACUUGAAGCGGCUCGUCCUUGCCGGAAACCGCUUUGUGGGUCAUAUUCCGGCUAACUGGGGAUUAUCUUUGACUAAGCUCUUAAUUCUUGACUCAAGCAGGAAUUAUCUAUCUGGGUCAAUGCCGUUGACUUUUGGAGGGUUGACUUCACUCCUAAAGCUUGACUUGAGCAACAACCUUUUAGAGGGAGUUUUGCCAAGACAAAUAACACUAAAUAAUCUCAUACUAUUAGACCUAAGUCAUAACAAGUUUUCAGGUGGGUUGACUCAUUCACUUCAUGAAAUGGUUUCUUUGGAAGAGAUGGUUUUGUCUAACAACCCAAUAAUGGGUGGUGACCUAACGAGCAUUCAAUGGGAAACCCUACAAAACUUGGAAUUCUUGGACCUAUCAAACAUGGGUUUGACAGGAAACAUUCCAGAGACCUUGACAGGAUUGAAAAGACUCAGAUUUCUUGGACUCACCAACAACAGUCUCUCAGGGAAUGUGUCUCCAAGAUUUGAAGAUAUGCCUUGUUUGGGUGCACUUUAUUUCCGUGGAAACAACUUGACAGGGAAACUGGAAUUCUCAGAAUUCUUUUACAAGAAAAUGGGGAAUAGAUUUGGAGCUUCCAAUAAUCCAAAUCUUUGUUACUCAUCAGUUGAGUUAAUGGAUUCAAGAUAUGUUCCUUUUGGGGUAAAGCUUUGUCAACAAGAAAGAAGUGUUCUUGAUAGAGACUCAAUGGUCAAGAUCAGUGAUAGCAAUUUGCAUCAAGAUUCCCCAUUUGUGGGCUCUUUGGGAUUUUCAAGCUGUGCUGGAAAUAGGUUUUUUUGGGCAAACGAGAUAAUUAUGUUUGUUGUUUGGAUUAUUAUGCUUUUGUAGGGUUUUCAUUGGAUAGGAAAUAUAUAUUAAAUUAAGGUAGCUAUAUAUUGCUUAUAUGCCA